UGGUUUAAGAUGGCUGCGAUGACCUCGCCACUCCGAAUAUGCCGUGGCAUAUUAAAAGAGAUUCGCGCUUUAAAGGGACCAGAAUACAAACAAACAAUGGCUUACAAUUAUGUUAUGGACCAAUUCCGUAAAAAUCAGGUGACAGGUGCGAGAUAUUGCCGCGCCCAGAGAGAGGCUCUACACGCCUCCCACACCUACCUGUGUCUGCUCAACUCCACCCGACACCACCAAGAGCUCCACAACCUGUAUCAUGGAAAAGGGGAGCGCAGCCCCGAGGAGGUGGCCUCCCUGGUCGGCCUGAGACUACCCACCCAGCCUGGAGGCAAGGGAUGGGAGAAGUAAAAGAAAAAGAAAAGAGAUACAGAGCGGCGAAAGAGAGCGUACUGAGCCCGAAUGCUGUGGAAUACAGAGAGACUCGCUUUUGACAAAACAACAAACGGAUGAGAGGAGGAGAUGUGGAGACUUGACGUCUUUCUUCACUACACCUCACUGUAUACCAUUACAGUGUAUAUCUGUUAUGGCUGUCAUUGCCUUAUGUUUGUAAAUAUGUUUCAUUUAUGUGGAGAGUCACAAAUAAAGCGUCAAACCGUC